AUGUCUCACACAAGUCAACGGACAUCGCCAUCGACGUUCGAUCGAGAUUCCAGACUCAAGAGACGAGCGUUGACUCCUGAAGAGGCGAGAGAUAUGCAAGAAAUUGAGGUGGAGAAAAGUGAUCUGUUCUACAAUGCACUCCGAGACUUGCACCGUAGGCGUGGUCUCUCCGUCACCGCAGACACGGCCACGGAUUUUUUAAACGGCUUCGAUAAGCUUGCCAGACAGGCGAAGGGCCGCCCGAGUGUAGACCCAGACAAGUUUUUAAAACUUAUUGAGGAGCAUGGCGUCCCCCAGUCGGACUGCCGUACGAUAUCAAGAACCCUCUUAUAUAUUGCGGAGUUCAACCCAGAACAUGGGUUUCUUGGCAAGAAGUUGCUGCUCAGCAGCUCCCGUGCGGGACAUGAGGAAUCGACAAUCAGUGUGAUGGGGCAUGCUGUCCUUCAGCACAUCAAAACGCCAGGGGCACUUCGGAGUAAGGAGGUCCAAUCCGCCAGCGAGCACUUGGAUCAGAUCGUAGAGUCGGGCCACAACUACCGCGCCAAGGUGCUCAAGGGAAGAAUCGCGGAAGUACUGGGUGAUGAGAUAACGGCCAUCAGGAUGUGGACCAGCGCAAUGGCUUCGGCUGUAGAAGCUGCAACCAUGGCCGAGAGGGAGAUUGAAGAAGGCGUUAGACAAAGGGGGAAGGAAGCGGACCAGUUCGAACUGACUUCACCCUGGAUCGACCUUUUCCACAUCCAUCGUCGUAGGGGAGAAGCCAGACAGGCUAACUGGGCCCUUGAAAUCGGUUGUCAGCAGGACGACCCGGACGCGCAUUACCUGUACGCAGAUUACUCGUGCAAGGCUUACCACGACUACGAAAGCACGAUUCCCAUGUAUACCAGCGACUGGCUCUUUCACAUGAUGAAGGCCGCCACAAGCGGCCACAGCAGAGCCGCAUACGAACUUGGCGAGUUCUACGCCCAGAGUUCCUGGAAGUACAUUGAGGACGAGCCGCCAGACGACGUGAAACCCACACCAUUCGAUUCGUACCCAGCUCCGAGUGCCGGAACCCCGAGCUGGUGGAAUACUCUCCAGGCCGUUUUGGGCUUCAAACCAGUACAGAGCUCAAAGCGCGCGGACUACGGCAUUUUUAAUAUCGCAGCGUUCCCUUUCAACGCCGCGGACCGGUUCAGAAUCGCCCUGGACUGGGCGACGAUUGCCACGCAUUACGGCUACGCCCCAGCCUCCCUCUUGAAGGCCAAGAUCUACAUGCAAGAGACCCUCGACCACCUGAAGAGCUCGCCUCGAACCGCGCCCAAAGAGGCCAUAGAACUCAAAGACGAGAGGUACACCUACGCGUCGAAGGAAGACUACGAGGCAGGCAUCAAGAAAAACCCCGAAGAGAGCAUCUCAGAAGAAGACGAAGUCAUAACCGGCCCACCCAACCCCUUCUACGACCUCUCCCUCGCCAAACUCUGGCUCCGCGAAGUCUUCUUCGCGCACACCGCCCAUGUCCAAAUCGCCAUCGCCAAGAAGCAGUACCUCAAACAGCGCCGGCAGGGCCUCGUGCGCGCCGCCACCAACGACGACGACAUCAUCUCCGAGAAGAGCUUCAAGGACCUGCCGCACCAUAUUCGCAAGUGGUUUCGGUUUCAGGAGGUUCGGGAGCAGUAUGAGGAUAAGAUUGAGGAGUAUCAUCGCGAGGCGAAGGAGCUUUGUGAUUUGAUGGAGUGGGAUUUGUUUGAUGAUGAUGGGGGGUUGGUCUAUAGGGCUGGGAAGACGGGUGGGAGGGGUCAGGCUGCUGCCGCCGCUGCUGCCUGA